GCGCCGCUUUCCGACAACAAAACAUUCAAGUUUGCUGAUUCACGUAAAUCUUCACGAUGAGUUCGUCUCGUUAUGAUCGUGCUGUGACCGUAUUUUCGCCCGAUGGUCACCUUCUUCAGGUCGAAUAUGCUCAGGAAGCUGUCAGGAAAGGAUCAACUGCGGUCGGUGUGCGUGGUAAAGACGUGGUUGUCCUUGGCGUAGAAAAGAAGUCUGUGGCUAAACUCCAGGAGGAGAGAACGGUUCGCAAAGUUUGCCUUCUUGAUGACCACAUUGUCAUGGCAUUUGCUGGUUUGACUGCUGACGCCCGAGUGUUGAUCAACCGGGCUCAGGUUGAGUGUCAGUCACAUAAAUUGACUGUGGAGGACCCUGCUACUUUGGAAUACAUCACAAGGUACAUUGCUGAGCUGAAACAAGCUUACACACAGAGCAAUGGACGCAGACCCUUUGGCAUUUCAUGUCUGCUUGGCGGAUUUGACCCUGACGGCACCCCUCGUCUUUACCAAACUGAGCCCUCCGGCAUCUACUACGAAUGGAAGGCCAACGCCACUGGCCACAGUGCCAAAACAGUAUUAGAAUUUCUGGAAAAGUACUACACUACUGAAGAAGUGGCAUCGGAGAGGGGUGCUGUAAAGUUGGCUAUUAGGGCUCUCCUUGAAGUUGUCCAGUCUGGCCUUAAAAAUUUGGAAGUUGCUGUUAUGCGCAAAGAUGCACCUCUGGAGAUGCUUGAUGCUGAAAAGAUCAAUCAAUACGUGACUGAGAUUGAAAAGGAGAAGGAGGAAGAGGCAGAGAAGAAGAAGCAGAAGAAAUAAUCUCUUAUGGUUACUGUGAGUGCUGAAGGCAUAUAUUAAUUAAUUUCUUUGUCUGGUUUGUAAAUUCUAUUAAACGCUAAAAUGAUUUCCAUUCAAACAUAA